AGAAACAAACGCGUUCCUGCCAUGAUUGGAGAUUGAGGACUUACGGAGAUUUAUAAGGGAGGCUCUUGGCACAGGCGAAUUCGCCACAUUGUGUCUACCUCGAUUCAGCUGUGGGCAGCAACUGCUACCUGUGUGCUUGCUGUGAGGUAAUUGCUCUCUGCUGUAUAUUGCUGCUCCUAUCCCCGAACGCCUUCCUUUGUGAUUAGCGCGGCGACGACAGACCGACGAAUAACCGGCUUGUCGGAAACGUACUAUUUCAACGAGAGUCGAGUGCGCGCAGCCAGUGGUUACCGUUUGAGGUGAGCGGCCGUGCGAUGAGUCGAGUGAUGAAUAUUCGAUGAAUAGUGAUCCUAGCACUGCACCCGCCGCGUAUAAUACUCGACCUUCACAGACCGAAGCAGCCCCGGAUUUUUCUUUCUGUGCCCUCCCGUCAGCUGUUCUGAUUCUUCGUCAUCUUCGAACAUGGCACAAGCAGCCUGGCUCCCUCUCUCGGCAACAGCCGAACGCCGAUCAGAAUUUGGUAUGAAUGAUCGCGAGUGCACUCCUCGUCCUCCUCCUCUUCUCCUCCUCGCCCAAUCUGACCUCCUCGUCGUUGCAGACAUCCUCAAGGCCUCUCCCGUCGGUCCCCACCGCCCUGACCGCAGGAUGUCCAUCGACUUUUCCUCCACCCCUACCCCCCAGGGCAUGUACUCUCAGCCCGACCUUGACCAGCCCUUUGGUUCACUGCAAUCCAAUGAUCUCAGUCACCAACACCCCUCCGCUCACAUGCCCAUGAACGGCCAUGGUCUCGACCGCAACGACGCGCUCGAGAUGUCCGACCACAAUAGCUACGACAUCUUCUCCAGUGCUUCUUCAGGCUCGCUUGCUAGUCAGCGAUACCGGACCAACGCUUCAUCGUCGUCGUCGCUUGGUCCCAACUAUGGCUUGGGCGUCGAUUCCAUGUAUUCUCAGUCCUCCUUCUCUGACCCACUCCCUCCCUUUCCCCCUCCUCCUUCUGGUCAUUACGACCUAAUGGGCAGCUUGCCCUCUUCGUAUAGUAGUGGCAAGCCUUCACCUUUAACGCCGAAUGAUAGUGUUCCCAGUCUUCACCACCCUUCGAGCUUCCCAUUCUCAAAUGGGCAUACGAAGGACUACUCUCAUCCGUCUUUCUCUGACCCUCUUCUUGAUCGUCGUCUUUCGACAGUCAGCAGCUACGCUUCAGAUUUUGGCGAUGACUAUGGUUCGAUGGGCGUCAACCCGAACAUGGCUUUGGGUGCGUUUCAACCCCCUUCCGCAGUUCAACAGUUUCAAGAUAGGAUGGGUCGUAUGCCUGACGCACGCUACGGCGCGGUCCCUCACAUGCACCAAAAUCAUGGAUCCGAUCUCAUGAGGGGUGUAGCACCUCAGGCGACUCACUCGUUCAGGCCAGACAACGGAGUAUCUUUCGAUGACAUGCCCCAGUACAUGACACCUAACCCUCAGGUCGACUUUCCGUUACGCAUGCCCAGCGUCGACGAGAAUUUAGCUCGUUUACGUCUUCAAGGGGCAGGUGACCUCCAGUCAUUCAUUCGUCCAUACUUGGAUCAGUAUGUUCGUACGCCGAAUCGCUUGGCAUUCGGCGAGCGUACUGUUAUUGUUAUGUCUUCUAAGGUCGCUCAAAAGUCGUAUGGAACAGAGAAGCGCUUCUUGUGCCCUCCGCCAACAGCCAUCAUGAUUGGUAAUUCGUGGUGGUCAGACGUCGUCCGUAGGGGUGAGGACCCUAAGCUGUGUCCUCCUCGUGUUGUCAUUUCGAUUUCGGGUGAGCCCGCUCCUCAGGAAGGUUCGAUCGAGUGGACUGGAGCCGCCGGGAAGGCAUUUGACGUGAACGACCCACCCACCGGCACUACGUACAUUGGUCGCUGCGUUGGCAAGCAACUAUUCAUCUCCGAUGUUGACGAGAAGAAGAAAAAGGUGGAGGCGCUAGUCAAGAUCAUGGCUCCUGCCUCCGAUGAUGAGCCCGAGAGGGUGAUCGGUACCUUCCCCAGCAGACCCAUCAAAGUCAUUAGCAAGCCGAGUAAGAAACGUCAAAGCGCGAAGAACCUUGAGUUGUGCAUUAAUCACGGAUCGACUAUCUCGCUGUUCCACAGGUUGCGGUCACAGACCGUUUCGACAAAGUAUCUUUGUGUCUCCGGUUCAGGGUCAUCGUUCAAGGGCUCUGAUGGUGCUCCUUUGAUGGGUCUCGAUCAACGGUCUCGCACCCCAACGCCCUCCUUCAUCGCUCGUACGGCUUCUUGGGAUCCAUUCAUCAUGUACAUUGUCGACGUCAACAAGCCGGCAGGCGGCAUUGACACUCCGCCCCCACCGCCUCCUCAACCCGAUUACCCCUCUCCCCCACCUAAUGCGAUACCCUUCACGAACAACGGCUCUCAGAUACCCAUUUACUACAACCAGACCGUCGUCCUUCAAUGUCUUACUUCCGGUGUCGUUAGUCCCGUUCUCAUCAUCCGCAAAGUUGAUCACCAGACUACCGUCGUCGGUGGUGGCUUGCAGGAGGGUGCCAAAGGCAUCGCCGAUCAUUACUGCACCCCUGGUGAAGUCUGUGGAGACCCUGUUUCGCAAUUACACAAGAUUGCCUUUGAGGUCUAUGAUCCUAGCAAAGGUGCACCGGAGCCUGGUACUCCUGGACAGAGUGGUGCUUUCUUGUCUUGCAUGGGUGAGAAAGUUAACACCUAUCGUCCCGUUGAGGGCAGACAAUGGAACAACCCACCUGCGGUUCCGCAAUCUGAAUCGCCCAGCGCUGUUCCUAGCUCACCAACGGCCUCGACGCCAGCGACAGCGACUGGUGCCGGUGCAGACUACUUCGCCAACGGCAAUGCUAGCGGCGGGGGGUCUCCUGCUCCCUCUGACUUCCCUUCGAACGACGGUGGUAAGGUGAAGAAGGGCAAGCGUGGGUCAUCGAGCGGCGGUGCUCUUCCUAAACCUGCAUCGCAAAAGGGUCGUCGACGACCCACGUCCUCAAGCUCUGCUGGAACUGGAUCUUCGGGUCGUCGUGGCUCUAGCAGUGACUCGUCAGCAUCAUCGGGUGCCCUUUGGCAAGUCGACAUCGGCGAGACCAGUGUGUGGACAAUCGUUGGUACCGAUCAGAUCCGUUACAACUUCUAUGUUCCGCCUGUACUGUAUGACAACCCCAACGCUCCUCAGACUGGUUCGUUCCCUAUCCCCUCGAAGCCUGUCACUCCCUUCCCCGGUGUCGUCAAGUACCUUCCUCCCGAUCGUGCAGCCGAAGCACCAAAACCUUGUCCACAAUCCCGAGGCUUGAUGACGAAACCGAACCCGCACGCAUCGAAGAUGCUCACCGUUUACGGCGAGAACUUCUCUAAGACAGAUCCCGUCACUGUCUUUUUCGGUUCAGACCCUUCACCUUAUGUGGAGGUGAGGUGUCAAGAGGUCUUAGGUUGCUUACCUCCAGAGACGGGCGGAAGCAAGCGCAGACCUAUCAUUCUUGUUAGGCCGGACGGUGUUGUAUUCCCCUCGAACACUUAUUACCCGUAAAUCUUUUUUUCAUAUCACAAUGCUUAUGUCCAUCUUCUCUCCCAUCUCUCGUCUCUUGCACGUACGUUUGCCUGUUUCCUGGUUUGCAUGUCUCUCUGCCCUCUAUCUCGUAUGUCGCAUUUCCUCUUUUGGUUUCUCCGGAUUGUUUUGCUUGUGUUACGCCAUUACCCCCGUCUCUUGUCCUCCUUGCCGCUUUGUGUCUGCAUCUAGACGUUUAUAUAUGAACUGCCGAUGUACUUGUAUAAUAGAACCUCAGGAAGACAUGUGUAUAAUCCCUCUGCAGUACUACUUAUAUCCUUCUCACCUCUCAUCAUCAUUUUAUACGCC